AUGAACACUUUCAAUAUAACUGCGUCCGCCAUGAUGUCUAAUAGCCUUCAGUUUCUUCCUAGCGAGUUAUUCGUCUAUAUUCAUAUCUAUGUGACUCAGUACACAUUCCUAUCUAUCUAUCUAUCUAUCUAUCUAUCUAUCUAUCUAUCUAUCUAUUUUAUUAUUCUGCCUACCAUUUUAUAUUAUUCUGCGCACAGCCAUGUCACGUUGAAACACCGAUUCUCGUCCGAUCAACCUCCGAUCACCGAUUCUCGUCCGAUCAACCUCCGAUCACCGAUUCUCGUCCGAUCAACCUCCGAUCGAUUCUCGUCCGAUUAUCCUCCGAUCACCGAUUCUCGUCCAACCAUCCUCCGAUCACCGAUUCUCGUCCGAUCAACCUCCGAUCACCGAUUCUCGUCCGAUCAUCCUCCGAUCACCGAUUCUCGUCCGAUCAUCCUCCGAUCACCGAUUCUCGUCCGAUCAUCCUCUGAUCACCGAUUCUCGUCCAACCAUCCUCCGAUCACCGAUUCUCGUCCGAUCAUCCUCCGAUCACCGAUUCUCGUCCGAUCAUCCUCUGAUCACCGAUUCUCGUCGGAUCAACGGCGAGCCUUUCCAGUUCAACAAGACGUUAGUUCAAAGCUGAGAUUUCCUUUCUUCAACCCAGCUUUCGCCCUGGCUAAACCGAGGCUCUCCUUUCCACCCCCGCAUCAGAUUUGA